AUGCAGCUGCAGAUGACGACAGAUGCAGCAGGCCCGCUCAGCCGUCACGUCUGCAGAAACCAAACCAAAACAAUGCCUACUCCGAAGUUGCAGCCGGUUGCGGCCUUGGUGGACAAUGUCAACGAUGACUUCGCUGUUGCUUUUUCUGAAGCGAUGGAGUUGAUUGUGAGCCAAGAUGAAUUUCAGGACAUCAUGAAGGCUGACCCCAUCGGUAUUUCUGGUGUUGCUGGUGUUGCAGAAACCGAUGCUGGCUCCAAGGAGGGUUGCUGCCCAGCAGCAGGUCAUCAACAGCGGCGACGCUUAGCCGACGGGUGCAGGUCUGCUACCCAGAUGUUGCUGCUCAGCAACUUAAAGCAUAUCUUCCUGAUCAGCAAGAAG